AUGAGUAUGAAUGAAUUUAUGUUUGGACAUGUUCAAGCACCAGCUGGUAGAUUUAAUCAAAAGUUUAAUGUAUUGAGCAUGAAUAUAUCAGGAAAGAGUGGUUUAGAAGCUGGUGGAAAGAUUUUAUUACCACCAAGUGCAUUAAAUACACUUAGUAGAUUAAAUAUACAGUAUCCAAUGUUGUUUGAGAUUUCAAAUCAACAAAAACAUAGAUCAUCACAUUGUGGUAUUCAAGAGUUUAGUGCAGAGGAGGGUGUUUGUUAUAUGCCCAAGUGGAUGAUGGAGAAUCUCCAUCUAAAGGACAACGACAUUGUAGAUAUUAAGAGCACAUCGCUACCAAGCGGUCAAUUUGUAAAGAUUCAACCACACAGCUCCUCUUUUCUCGAUAUCUCCAAUCCAAAGGCAGUACUCGAAAAUGCCCUUCGUAAAUUUGCAACACUUACCAAAUCUGAAGACUUUGUCAUUGAAUACAACAAAAACAAAUACUACCUCAAGGUUGUAGAGAUCAAGCCACACAACCCAUCCAACGCCAUUUCCAUUAUCGAAACUGAUAUUUCUGUAGAUUUUGCUCCUCCAUUGGAUUCCAAAGAGGCUACACAACCAUCGGGUGGGUCUACCCCACAAGCUUCUGGAAAUGGAUCGGGUGGUAUCACAUUUGGUUCACAACCAAUCGGAAUUGGAGGUAAUGAUAAAAAGAAAAAGACUGGUGACGACUCUGACAGCGAUGAAUCAGAUUCUGAUGACGACGAGCCAAAAUUCAAAGCAUUUGGAGGAGCUGGAACAAGACUCGAUGGAAAAGUUGGAACUCCUCCAAAAUCAAUGAUGGGAACUUCUCCAAAACCAUCUUCCUCUCCUUCAACUACUUCUACCUCGACCACCUCUUCUUCCUCAUCCUCUGGUAAGUUUGCAGCAUUCCAAGGUAAAGGACGUAGUUUAAAGGAUUAA